GUCGUCUCGAACGUCAUAUUGAUCUAGACGAGGCUGCUCGCAGGCUGCGCGGGCGCCGCUUAGCCAGUUCGUGUCCGACGCUCGAAGCAAACCUCUAUUUACUUUUUUGCACCUUUAGCUGUGGCACGUGCUAUGAAACCAGUACUUAUACAUCUUAGCUGGUGACGUUCGGACCUAUAAACAAUGUUGACAGGAUGGCGACUCACAGUAUCAAAAUUGUUCCUGAUCCCGCAGCGCUAUGUCCUCGGCAUCAUGGGCCUCCUGGCGGUGUGCAACGCGUACACCAUGCGGGUGUGUCUCAACCUGGCCGUCACUCAGAUGGUGAACAACUCCAAGACCGACGGAGACCACUUUGAGGACCCCCUGGCGUGUCCCGACGACGAGUACAUAGGCAAUGGAACUGUCAGCUUGAGGCCGCACGCAAUCUUCGACUGGAGCGAGUCGACUCAAGGCCUGAUAUUAAGUGGCUUCUACUACGGGUACGCCAUCACCCACAUCCCUGGGGGCUACUUGGCCGAGCGGUACGGCGGCAAGUGGACCCUCGGGAUUGGUCUGCUGAGCACAGCCGUCUUCACACUCCUGACUCCAGUCGUGGUUAAGGCUGGAGGGGCCACCUGGCUGUUCAUACUGAGGGUCUUGCAGGGAAUGGGGGAGGGCCCCACAAUGCCAGCCUUGAUGAUAGUGUUGGCUCGCUGGGUGCCUCCUCAUGAGCGGUCCCGCCAAGGUGCCUUGGUCUUCGGAGGCGCUCAGAUCGGGAACAUAUUCGGGUCCUUCAUGUCUGGUUUCCUCAUGGCCGGCGAUGGUGACUGGGCCAAUGUGUUCUAUUUCUUCGGCUGCUUCGGUAUCCUGUGGUUCCUUGCCUGGAGCAUCCUCUGCUUCAGUACGCCAAACACUCAUCCGUACAUUUCCGCGGAAGAGCUCAAGUAUUUGAACGAGACAGUCACGAGCGCCGAGAACAGAAGCGUGCGGGACCCCGUGCCCUGGAGGGCCAUCGUGCGGUCCUUCCCCGUUUGGGGACUGCUUUUUGCCGCCGUCGGCCACGAUUGGGGCUACUACACAAUGGUGACAGACCUCCCCAAGUACAUGACUGACGUGUUGAAGUUCAACAUCGCGGCCACGGGCACGUUCACGGCCAUCCCUUACCUGGCCAUGUGGGUUAGCUCCUUUAUCUUCGGCUGGGUCUGUGACGUCUGCAUCAAGAGGAACUGGCAUACUAUUAAGACUGGAAGGAUCAUUCAUACUACUAUUGCGGCGGCCGGGCCGGCCAUCUGUAUAAUCCUCGCGUCGUACUCCGGAUGCGACCGUUUUGCAGCCGUCGCCUACUUCAUAGCCUCCAUGGCUUUGAUGGGCGGCUUUUACAGCGGGAUGAAGGUGAACGCACUGGACCUGGCUCCUAACUACGCAGGGUCACUGACGGCCAUGAUCAACGGCACAUCCACCAUAUCUGGCAUCAUCACGCCGUACCUCAUCGGUUUACUCACCCCUGACUCAACAUUAGCGCAAUGGCGAGUGGCAUUUUGGGUGUGUUUCGCCGUGCUCGUGGGCACAAACAUCAUGUACAUAAUCUGGGCCGACGGCAAGCAGCAGUGGUGGGACGACGUGGCCCAACAUGGCUACCCUGACGACUGGAAACAUGGCCCUCUGAGAAAAAACGACAAGGACUAUGAAAACCAUCAAAAUAGGAAGCAGAUUGAAAUGGAUGUAGCAAGUAACUAAUUUUCGUUGAAUAGCGUUUUGGCUUCAGUUAGAAAAAGGUUGAAGAUGACAUUUUAUCGGUUAUCAAUAUGUGUAACUGCAUAGAGCGUGUAUAAAAUACAAGUGCCAUUUAUUUACGAGAUUAUGAUGUGAUGAUAAAUGGGUUGACGGUGCAAAUGUUGAUGAAAGCAGCAAAGUAGUAAAUUUUAAUGCUAUUGUAGUGAUUUAUAAUUUAUUGUUACCAAUAAUAGAGUAACGAAUUUAUUUAUGACCGAGUUAUUGUGAUAUUAAAUAUCGAUACAGUUAAGUUUGUUACAAAUAAAUACAUUUAAAGUAA